AUGUAAAGUAUGAUGAAAAUCCCUACCAAACCUAUUCCUUCAUUAACUGUUUAAUCAUUUAACAUAGCUUAUCCUACUGCAGCUACUAAUAUUCAAUUUAAUCCACAACCAGGUCCUGGAACAUACAAUCCAUCCAAGCCAAAAAGAAACAAUAGAAUUAAGUAUAAUUUAAAAUAUCCCCAGUUUUUCUGCUUCCUAAAGAUAGCCUCUAAUUUCUAAAUAAAAUUCUAAUUUAGGACCUGGCAGUUUUGAGCCAAAAAAAAUAUCAGCAACAUCUGUUAAAAUUGGAACGUCCAUAAGACCGCCAUUAGCUAUUCCUACUUCUGCUCCUUUACCUGGAAAAUAUGAAUAUUAAUCGAAAAUAAUUGAAACUUAAGGUAUAGUCUUCAAAGGAAGUUCCUAUGACCCAAUUACAAAAGAAAUUCAUUCAAGGCCUGGCCCAGGAAUAUAUAAUCCAGAAAAAAAGAGUUCAUCACCUCAAUAUCUUUUCCCUAAAGGUGAAAGGUAUGAUUUCACAAAACAAAAACGAGGAAUUCCUGGACCAAUUUACAAGAUUGAAGAAAAACCUUAAACACCUUCUUAUUCAUUUGGAAAAUGCAAAAGAUGA